AUGAGACUAAACUCCACGGCCGGCAAAGCUGCGAAAGCCAUGAAAGCUCACGACUAUGAAACAUCGUUAAAACACUUGAAUGAAUUGGUAUCCAAUUAUCCAAACAACUAUAAAAUUAUGUGUGACCGUAGUAUGGCGCAUUAUAAUCUGAACAACUAUCGGGGAGCUUUAAACGAUGCAGAAGCAGCAAAAUUAAAGAAACCAGACAGAUCACGUGCAUACUAUAUUUGUGGGUUUAUUUAUGAUAAGCUAGGGGAGGCCAAUGAGUCAAUACGAUCAUUAAACCAUGCAUUGCAAACAUCAUCCAAUGAUCCGGAAGCACUGGAGGCACACAAGAUAUGUGCAAAAAUAUAUUACCAUCAUGAUGAUUAUAGAGAAGCUCUUAAGCACUUAAACAGUGCAUUACAAUUAGAUCCCAAUGAUUCUUGGGUUCUGCAUGUGCGAAGUCGAAUCCGUUUCGAUCGAAAAGAGUAUGAUCAAUCGUUGGCGGAUGUAAAUGCUUUGAUAAAUAUCGAGAGUGCAUCCACGAAUUCCAACAUGGAGUUGAGGCACGAUGCAUUUGAAUUGCGUGGAACAUUGCAUAAGAAAUUAGGACAAUAUGAACCUGCAAUAUUUGAUUUUAGUUCCGCCUUGAAUAUAAAACAGAAGGAUGCAUCGCUGAUAUUUAAAAGAGCGAGAGUAUAUCUGAAGCAAGAGAAGUAUGCCGAAGCACUAUCUGAUUUUGAGAAAAUUGAGAGAUUAAUAGGGCUUAAUGAUGUAAACGCUGAUCCAAAGAUAUUAAGAAAUCGCGGAUUGGCACACAAAGGAUUGAAUAGAUUCAAAGAGGCAUUGACUGAUUUCACCAAUGCAUUGGCUAUUGAAAAAAAAUCAUCAACCUAUAGACACCGAGCACACGUAUACUUCAUACUGAAACAGCUGGAACAGUCUAUUGGAGACGCGGAAAAAGCCCUGGAACUUGAUCCACAGGAUACUCUAGCAGAAGAUCUGCACAAUAGGAUCUUGUCUCGACUUAAACGGUUUGAUAAAGCAUUAGAAGGAUUAAAAAAAGCCCUUAAUGCAAAUCCACAAAAUGUUAACGCACUCACCGAAAGGGGAGGCGUGUACCUUUCGAUGAAACGGUACAGCGAAGCUUUAAAUGACCUCAACCUUGCCAUCAGUUAUCAACCCAAAAAUUUCAUGGCCUUAUUAACCCGUGCGAAAGUGUAUCGAAUCCAGGAGUCCUAUCAAUUAUCCUUGGUCGAUCUAAACAAUGCCAUAAACGUGGAACCCCACAAUGCUCGAUUACUUAGGAAUCGAGGUAAGGUGUAUACAUUGUUGAAUGAAUAUAACAAAUCCAUUGCGGACCUCGACCGCUCCAUGUCCAUGGAAAAGGAACCGCAUACGUCAGCACUGAAGUAUCGCGGUAUAUCCUAUUCAAAACUCGGAAAAUAUCACGAAGCUAUUUCCGAUUUUAAUAACGUCCUCAAUAUGAAACCGUCGAAUUCAACCGUUUAUUAUCAUCGUGGGAAGACCUAUUACCACCUGUCGGAAUUUGACAACGCUCUCGAGGAUCUGAACAAAUCACUAGAGUAUGAAGAAAAUUUGGAAUCAUUUAGAUUGAGAUCAAUGAUCUAUGAACAAACUCAAGAAUUUGAAAAAUCAAGAAGCGAUUUAGAUCGCAUAUUGUCAGCAGAACCAAACAACACCUCCGUGUUGUCCAAGAGGGCUGAGUUGAAUGAACGUUUGAAACAAUUCCAGGAUUGCGUUAACGAUUUGAGCAGCGUGAUGAAACUGGCACCACAAAAUGCACGUGCAUUAAAUUCUCGUGGGAGGAUGUUGGUGAGAUUAUGUAGGUACGAAGAGGCGCUCAGGGAUUUCAAUAAAUUGUUGGAGAUGAAUGAAAAUGAUGUUGAAACCAUAGGAUUAAGGGCGGAAGUAUACCAACGAUUAGGGAAAUACGAGGAAGCAUUGAAUGAUUUGAAAGAUGGAAUUGCGAAUAAGCCUGGAAGCAAGCGUUGGUUGCUUGUGGUGAGAGGUGGAAUACUCAGAGAACAAGGAAAAUUUGAGGAUGCAUUAAAUGAUAUAAAUGCAGCCAUCGAUCUUCCACCCCCAACAACUCUUAAACAUGAUUUGACUUUUUCGAACGUCGCUCAACCUGGGACCAGCAAGAAAGGAACACUUUGCGGGACGCCGGAAGCUCGACAAGAGGAAGAUAAAGUUCAUGCAAUGGCAUUAUGUUACCGAGGAGCGAUCAUGAGGAAGAUGGGGAAGACGGACGAUGCAUUGGAUGAUUUGAACAAAGCGUUGAACAUGGACCCAUAUAAUUCAUUGGCAUUGUGUGAGAGGAGUGCUAUACUUAGGGAUAAUGAUAAGUACGAUGAAGCGUGGGGAGAUCUAGAGAUGGUGUUAAGUAAUUACGAUGAUUUUGACGAAUAA